AUGGCUACUUCCAGUGAGAAUACUGUUAUCAAUCAGAUAGAGAAAAUUAACAAAAGCAACAAUUACCAUUGUUGUGUUCCAAAGUGUAGUUCAAAUGGCAGAUAUGAUUUCAAUCUAAGCUUUCAUAAAUUUCCAAAAGAUGAAGGAAUUAAAAAGAAUUGGGUGGUUAAAAUCAGACGAGAUGUGGGUCCUAAUUUCCAGAUCUCAAAGUCAACAGUUGUUUGUUCAAAACACUUUAAAAAGGAGGACUAUACAGGCUGGACACCCCUUAAAAAGAGGCUUAAGAAGGAUGCAGUACCUAGCAUUUUCGAAUGGACAGAUGACACAGAACCAAGAAGAAUUUUAAAAAGAACACUAGUAACACCUCCAGGACCUAAAUCUAAAAGACAAAAAUGUGAAACAAUGACAAGUUCGACAGAACCAUCUACGAGUGGAGAAGAAACAUUGACUGCAGUUCCACUCUAUGUAGAACAAGAAGAAGAAAUAUCAAAAUUAAAGGAUCAGUUGAACCAGAAAAAUUAUGAAUGUGCUGCUUUAGAAAGUCAACUGAAACUUGAACGCUUCAAUGUUAAUCGAUUUUCAAAUGAUGACACUAUGAUUCAGUUUUAUACAGGAUUUUCUUCAUACAUGAUGUUUGUAACAUUUUUUCAGUGUAUUGAACCAUCAGCAAGGAAUAUGUUGAGUAAAUACUAUGAAGCAGGAGAAACCAUUAGUCUUGCAGGAAGGAAAAGAAGCAUGUUGUUAAUUGACGAAUUUUUUAUGUUUUUGUGUAGGUUGAGGGUUGGUCUCUUAGAACAAGAUUUGAGUGUACGUUUUAAUUCUACGAUUCAAACAGUGAGUCGAAAAGUUGUUACAUGGGCAAACUACCUAUAUUUGACUCUGGGACGAAUACCAAUAUAUCUUUCAAGGGAAGUUAUAAAUGCAAAUAUGCCACAGUGUUUUAAGGAUGUAUACCCCAAAACUAGGAUUAUAAUAGACUGCACGGAAAUUAAAACACAACAGCCAUCUUCUCUUGUACUAAAUUCCCAGAUGUAUUCAACAUAUAAAAGUGCUUGCACUCUUAAAUGCCUUCUUGGGAUUGCACCUCAUGGAGCAGUAACAUUUGUGUCAUCAUUGUUUACAGGAUGCAUAUCGGAUGUAGAAAUCACUAGACUGUCUGGUUUACUGGAUCUCAUCGAGCCAGGAGAUGAUGUGAUGGCCGACAAAGGAUUUACAAUUAAAAAUCUUUUGAAUGAAAAACAAGCAACUUUAAAUAUUCCACCAUUUUUAAGUUCGAAGAGGCAAUUUACACAACAUGAAAUAAAGGAAACGGAACAAAUUGCAAAAUUAAGAAUUCAUAUCGAACGAAUGAAUAGGAGAAUUAAAGAGUAUCAUCUGUUUGAUGUUCCUGUUCCAUUGUCACUACUGGGAUCGGCAAACCAGCUUUGGACUGUAGCUUGUCUCCUUUCUAUAGAGACCGUACCAUAG